AUGAAUGAUGGAUACUCACCAGACGAACGACAUUGUGAAUCGUUCUAUAAGCAUACCACCAAACGUGACGAUAGUGGUAGAUAUAUUGUUCGCCUACCGAAACAGCCCGACUUUGAUGCAAAGCUCGGCCUUUCUAGACCUCAGGCCAUUCGUCGUUUUGAGCUUCUCGAGCGGAGAUUGGAACGAGAUCCAGCACUUCGAGAAGCGUACCAAGACUUUAUGAAGGAGUACUUAGCACUGGGUCACAUGUCUCCUAUAAGCACUGAUUGUGAUGAUACAGCUGCUUAUUAUUUACCACACCAUCCAGUUUUUAAAGCGUCAAGUACCACCACAAAGGUCAGAGUAGUUUUUGAUGGCUCGGCUAAAACGUCAACUGGCUUUUCGCUGAAUGAAACUCUGCGGGUUGGACCCAUAGUUCAGGAUGAACUCAUCGAUAUUAUUUUGCGUUUCCGCACCUAUAAGAUUGCUGUCGUAGCUGAUAUCGCCAAAAUGUAUCGACAAAUUGUGCUGCAUCCGGAUGAUCGACGAUUGGUUCGCAUUUUCUUCCGUUUCUCACCGCAAUCGCCGAUUGAAUUGUACGAGCUGAAUACUGUGACAUAUGGUUUGUCUCCAUCAUCGUUCUUGGCCACUCGUACAUUGCUGCAGCUUGCGGAAGAUGAAGGUGCUGACUUUCCACUAGCUUCACCCGCACUGAGACACAAUUUUUAUGUAGACGACUUCAUUGGCGGAGCUAACAGCGUGAGUGAAGCUCGCGAGCUUCGUCAGCAACUUUCCGAGUUACUCUCCAAGGGCGGAUUUGAACUCCGGAAGUGGACAUCCAACUGUUUAGGCGUACUAAGUGGUUUACCAGCAGAGCAUAUCGGUACACAGUCAUCACUGCAGUUUGUGCCGAACGAGACUGUGAAGGCACUUGGUAUCGCAUGGAAGCCCGAACUAGAUGUUUUGUGCUUUGAGUCGACUGCAAUAAUGGAAACCGCCAACCUCACCAUGCGAUCCAUAUUGUCAAACAUUGCUCGAAUGUUUGAUCCACUUGGAUUGAUCGCUCCAGUCAUCAUACGCGCGAAAUUGCUAAUGCAGGAGUUGUGGCUGCAGAAAAUCGGAUGGGACGAUCCGGUCCCUGUACACAUCUGUAACAAAUGGAAAUCGGUUACUGACGAUUGGAAGGAUUUGGAAAGCUUCAAAAGCGAACGGUAUGUGCUCUUACCUAACUCUAAAAUACAGUUCCAUACAUUUGCAGACGCGUCAGAAGUUGCUUAUGGUGCCUGCAUUUAUGCGCGCUGUGAGGACCAGCAGGGACGAGUACGAGUCAGCCUGCUCGCGUCGAAAUCGCGUGUAGCUCCACUAAAACGAGUUACAUUACCAAGAUUGGAGCUCUGCGCGGCCGUGUUAGGAGCACAUCUUCAUCAUCGUGUUAGACGCGCUAUGGGAAUCGACACAACCGAAUCGUUUUUCUGGUCGGAUUCGACGGUAACGCUAAACUGGAUAGCGUCUCCACCCAACACCUGGAAAACAUUCGUGGCGAAUCGUGUUGCUGAGAUCCAGAACUAUUCGCACCCUCGUCAAUGGAAACACAUUCCCGGUUCAUCGAAUCCCGCCGAUCUGGUGUCUCGAGGGAUGUCAGCAGCUGAAAUGCUAAAAGGAUCGAUUUGGAGCUGUGGUCCUGAAUGGUUGGCGCUAUCCCCCUCCAAAUGGCCAAUGUCAAAUCCAUCACUGACUGCUGAAACGGAUAUGGAAAUUCGUCAGACACGUACACUACAGUCAUCACAAGUUACCUCAGCAGCAUUACCGAUCACCCCUGAGGCUAUAGAAGCAGCUAAAAUCGUGCUUUGUAAACUGGCACAAGAGCACGAGUUUUCAUCAGAGAUCCAACUGCUGAAAAAGGGAGAAAUGGUACGAAAACAAUCACCUCUACGGCGAUUGAAUCCGUUUCUCGACAACGAUGGAAUAUUACGAGUAGGAGGCCGCUUGAAACUUGCACAGCUACCGUACCAGUUCAAGCAUCCCAUCCUGCUUCCCAAAAACCAUCAGCUGGCUCAUCUCAUCGCGGUGCACAUACAUGAGAAGCUGAUGCAUGGCGGGGGAAGACUACUACUUUCCCGGAUACGUGAGGAAUAUUGGCCACUCGAUGGACGUCGGCUAGUAAAAAACGUAGUGAGGAAUUGCUUUCGUUGCAUUCGUCAGGAUCCGCAGCUGACACAACAACAAACUGGUCAACUCCCGUAUGAACGCAUCACCCCGAGCCGGCCGUUUUCCAUAACUGGAGUGGAUUAUGCCGGCCCGCUGUAUCUGAAACCCGCACACAAGAGAGCCGCUGCCGCUAAAUGCUACUUGUGUGUGUUUGUGUGUUUUUCAACGAAGGCAGUGCAUUUGGAGCUGGUGGGCGAUCUCUCCACGGCAGGCUUCUUGGCCGCAUUACAUCGCUUCACAUCCCGGCGAGGAUUACCAUCGGACAUAUACUCCGAUAACGGAAAAAACUUUGAAGGUGCGGCACACGAACUUAAUGAAUUGUUUGAUAUGUUACAGAACGAACAGCACCAAAACGUCAUCGCAUCCAACUGUUCGGACAGGGGCAUAACUUGGCACUUUACCCCACCUAAGGCCCCACAUUUUGGUGGAUUGUGGGAAGCAGCGGUUAAGACGGCCAAACGACAUCUCUACAGGCAGUUAGGCAGUUCGAGGCUGUCUUACGAGGGAUACAGCACCAUUCUGCAGCAAAUAGAAGCGGCAAUGAACUCGCGUCCUUUGUUGCCAAUGACGGAUGACCCCAAUGAUUUGGCAGCGCUUACGCCGGCGCACUUCCUGAUCGGUUCUUCUAUGCAUGCUGUCCCGGUUCCCGACUACACACGACUGAAACCAUACACGUUAGACGAAUUGCAGAGCUGGCAAUUGCUUGUGCAACGCUUUUGGAAGCAUUGGACAACCGAAUAUCUGCAGGAAAUGCAGAAGGAUAAUAAGGUAGUGAAUCGUAGCGAAAUAGUACCUGGCAGACUGGUCAUCCUUGCGGACGAUUCGCUCCCUAUCACCCGAUGGCCACUUGCUCGCAUCAUCGAUGUACACCCAGGAGAAGAUCAGCUUACGCGUGUAGUGAAGUUGAAAACGGCAAAAGGAAUAGUUACGCGUCCAGUAGCUAAAAUUUGCUUGUUGCCUGUUGCGAAGCCUUCCGAUUAG